AUGGCGACUGUCUCGGACGUGAUCGCAACACAGAAGAAAGAGAAUGUUUUGUUCCCACCAGAGACCGAAAUUGUCGAGGCUGGUGCUUCCGGUACGCUUACCAUAGGACUGGUCAAUCGAAGCACUUCAAGCACCGUCUAUGCAUACAUCACCGGUCUUUCCAUCAGCAACAACUAUGCCGUGAUACUUCUUCAAGCUAACGGGUCGACCCUGUACUACCCUACAAAUCCAUCAUCAAACGGAACUGCCUUAGCAGCAAACUGUGCCAUCUCGCUAGGAGCCCCCGGCUCUACCACAACAGUCACUAUUCCAUACAUUGCAGGUGGUCGAAUUUGGUUCUGCGUCGGGAGCACUUUGACAUUUCUGCUCAAUCCAGGUGCUGCAGGGCCUGGAUUGGUUGAACCCUCAGUCAGCAACACCUCUGAUCCAAACUACUCGAAAAGCUGGGACUUCUGUGAGUUUACAUACAACAGCUCCGAGCUUUUCGCAAACAUUACCUACGUCGAUUUCGUAUGCCUUCCUAUCGCUUUGACACUCAACAGUACAAGCGGUGCAGUGAAACACGUUGGAGGUUUACCUGCCAAUGGACUUGUCACGGUUUGCAAUGGCCUAAUAGCACAAAAUGCGAUCGAUGGGGCUGGCUGGAAUCAACUCAUUAUCAGGAACGGCGGUACAAACUUGAGAGCCCUCAGCCCAACUCAAGGUAUCAUGUUCAAUCCGGCACUAUUCCGAAACUAUUGGACCGCCUAUGUCAAUGCUGUAUGGGCUGCCUAUGUGAAGACUCCCUUAACCGUCAAUACUCAAGCAUCAUGGGGAAAUGUCCCUGGGUCUAUAUCCAAUGAUUUCACUUACUUGACGUUUGGAAGCAUCGGCUCCUUCACAAAACCAUCGGCCGCCGACAUAUUUGGCGGUGCGUCGGGGGCUUUUGCAGCACAGCCUAUCAAUACUGACCAGCUUUUGAACAUUGGCGCACGACUCGAUGCAGCAUUUAAUCGAUCAACUCUUCUCGUUGAUGCCUUCCAGCCAAGCAAUGAAGUUGUGUCAACGUACUACAAAAAUGCAAUCACAAACCACUUUGGAAGAAUUGUGCAUGCUGCAAAUGUGGACGGCCUCGGUUACUGCUUCCCAUAUGACGAUGUCACCCCUGAUGGAGGUAUUAAUCAAUGCGGGGCAGUAAACGAUCCAACGCCCGCCUCUUUCAUUGUCACAGUUGGCGGCGGCAAUGCAUAUGCACAAAGCAAGGCUCGUAGAAGCGGGAUCGACAGUUCUACCGACGAAAUUUCUACUGGAAUUCUCCGUGAAAAAGGAUCAGCUCCGGGAAAAAAACCAGAACUGCCAUCGUACUUAGAUUCAGAUGACCGAGAUCUGAAAUCCGGAAAGAACCCAAAACUUGCCAAUGAAACUGUUCCCUCAAAGAAGAACAAACCUUCAGUGAUGAAGUUUCCCGUUGUUUUUGAUCGUCUUUUCGGAAAGUACAUGACAGUAAGUCGCUGGAAUUCCUCAUCUCGCCGCAAAUCUUCAUCCCCAACCUAA